AUUGUUUCACGCGAACUCCCCGCUUACAGUCUAGUCGCUGCUUGAAAAUGUUGUCUGAUUUCUGUAGUAAGGGUUUGCUCUGCUAACUUCUCAAAAAGAGUAUACGGGAUUUAACAGUACAGUACCAGGAGGUGGACAGCCAAUAGCAGUAGAAAUGCCUGUGGAGUCGCAGAAAGGAAAAUACCGGUAAGCCUUUCUGUGAAAGGAAGCAGAUAACACAGCAGUUGAAAUUAUUGACUUCUAGAGACACAUAGUGGACGGAAACUGGGCCUUCAGCUAGCAGCAAGAAUGAUGCACAGCAGAACAGCAGAACUGUUUAUGGAAUGUGAGGAAGAAGAACUAGAGCCAUGGCAGAAGCGGGAUAAAGAAGUUGAUGACGAUGAUGAUGAUGAACCCAUUUUUGUGGGAGAAAUCACUGCAUCAAAAGUCAGCAGCACAAGUAACAGCUUAUCAAGAAGUAAUAUCACAGCCACCUCCUCUUCCUCCUCCUCCUCCUCCUUAUCGAGAGGCGUCCAGAAUGGUGCGCCCAAUAAAGUUACUCCAGCACUAUAUAACAGUGGUACUGUUCCUGCUUACAAGCCACCAAGUCAACACUACAUGAUCCCAUCAUCCAGCCCUGGCAGUAUAGCAGUCGCUUCUGUGUACCAGCCUUCUUCCAGAUUUCCACCAAAUUCAGUAGCACCUCAGCAGUUACCUCGACCCAUGAACAUUUCUGCUCAGUCCAUUCACAGAUCCAUGGUUAAUCCUUUAUCAGGACAGACUGUGCCCAGAUCUUGUUCUGUGACAUCACAGCCAUUGAACAGACCAAUUAGCAUUCCAGCAACUUCACAGCAAGUUUCCAGAAGUAUAACCAUUCCCAUCAUGGCACAGCCAGUACCCAGACAGAUGACCACAGCAACUUCACAACCCAUAAUAUUAAAUCAGGGAUACAUUAUGAAUUCAGCUCAAGUUGUACCAAACUCACAAACUGUUAUGUAUGGUUUAAGACAUAGCAGUGGAAUGACCCAGUAUGCUGCAGGGCCAACUCUUACUGUAACAGGGAAUUCUCCACAGAUAAUUCGACCUCUCCAACCACUUACUCCAACUCGUGCUGCUGCCCCUCCUUCAAGGACAAUACCCAAUGUUGUACAUAGAACAGUUGCCCAAGUAAUAUCACCAGUACAGAAGAAUGUUAAUAUGGUUUCCACUGGACAUAUGGCAUCAAGUGGACAUUUCCUAUCAGCAGGACAUGUAUCUUCAGGUGGAUCUAUGAUUUCAAGUUCAAAUGUGUCUUCAAGUGGCAGUAGGACACCAGUUGGGCAUGUUACAUCAGGGGGACAUAUGACUUCCGGUGGGCAUAAGCCAAUGGCCGUAAAUGUACAGAAGCAGACUGUUCAGGUGUUCAAUAAUGCAGGUCCAAAAGAAAACUUGGUUGCACCAAAACGCCCUUCCACGUCAGAAAUUAACAGUAUUACUCCCAAAAAGCCAAAACCUAACGAGGCUGCACCUGCAGUUACUCCUAAUCCUGGCUCAGUUAAGUCACCGGCAACGUCAUCAUCUCAGAAUGUAUCGAAAGGUUCACCAGCUGUUACGUCAAGCCAAGUUAAAAAUGGAGUACCAUUUCCCAGAGCUUGUCCAAAAUGCAAUAUUCACUUCAAUCUCAUGGAUCCUUUAAAAAAUCACAUGAAGUACUGCUGCCCAGAUAUGUUAAACAGUUUCUUCCCAGGAACACCAAAGCAGGAGACUACAAAUACACCAAACAAGGCCAGUGAACUUGAAAAGGGAAAACUGAUAAUGCUGGUUAGUGAUUUUUAUUAUGGAAAGCAUGACGGAGAUGCUAACUUAAUUCAUCAGGAACAGAAGACGCAUACCACAUUCAAAUGCUUCAGCUGCCUGAAAAUUCUUAAGAAUAAUGUAAGGUUUAUGAACCAUAUGAAACAUCACUUGGAACUUGAGAAACAAAGCACCGAAACAUGGGAAAACCACACUAGCUGUCAUCACUGCUAUCGUCAGUUCUCAUCACCUUUUCAGUUGCAGUGCCACGUUGAAAGUGCUCACAGUCCAUAUGAUACAACAACUACAUGCAAGAUCUGCGAGUUGAAUUUUGAAACAGAACAAGUGCUUUUACAACACAUGAAAGAUUGUCACAAGCCAGGGGAGAUGCCGUAUGUUUGCCAGGUUUGCAACUAUCGGUCAUCAAUAUUUUCUGAUGUUGAGAAUCAUUUUAGAACAGCGCAUGAAAACACCAAGAAUUUGCUCUGCCCAUUUUGCCUUAAAGUUAUAAAAAGUGGAACACCAUUCAUGCAGCAUUAUAUGAGACAUCAGAAGAAGGGGAUAUAUCGUUGCACUAAAUGCAGGUUGCAGUUUUUGACAUGCAAAGAAAAAAUGGAUCACAAGACCCAGCACCACAGAACCUUCAGAAAACCUAAACAAUUAGAAGGACUUCCUCCUGGUACUAAAGUUACUAUUAGAGCUUCUGUUGGGCCAUUCCAGCCAGGAUCACCGUCACCUUCAUCAUCAAGUACAGCUAGUACUUCUGCACUGCAACUGUCUUCUAAUAACAGAAAUACAAACACUAAAGUUAAUUCUUCCACUAAUAAAGCUGCUACCCCCAUCCAAACAAAAUCCCUUCCACUCACACAGCAAAAGAAACAAGAAGUCCCAGUUAAGAAACCUAAAGUUGUCAACACAGCAUUGCAGAGUUUAAGGAAUGUCACAGGACUUCAUAAAUGCAUUGAAUGCUGCACAGAAAUCAAGGACUUUGCCAGCCACUUCCCAUCACUGGUACAGUGCAGUUUGUGUAAAUACAAUACGAGCUGCAGCAAAGCUUACGUGAACCAUAUGAUGAGUUUCCACAGUUCCUCUCCUAAUAAAAGAUUCUGGAUUUUUAAGAAAUAUUCAGAUAAAUUAAGGGGUAUCACAGUAGUGUGUCUUAACUGUGAUUUCUUAACAGAUGUUUCUGGUUUGGAUCAAAUGGCAACACAUCUAAAUGAAAAUGACACUCAUACCUGUCAAGUAAUUGUGGAGAGUGUUUCUCUGUGCUUCCCAUUGAGGCCGAAACGUGCUGCUAAGCCAGUCUCCCUGUCAUCCUAUGAUGGAGUUCUUCCUUCUGGAAGACGACGAAGCUCGCAGUCCAGCUCAGUCUCAGUUUCUGUUCUGGAGUCUUCUACUGCAGCCGAGGACGAAGAAGACCAGAAAGUCAAAGAUGAAGAUAGAGUUGAGGAUUCUGAGAAAAACGAGACUCCUGAUGCACCUGAUAGGAGUGAAAUGGAAAACUCCCCAGUUACUGAAAGGUCAGUUGAUGGUCAAGAAGUGGAGGAUUCCAAGGAGGUCCUGAAUCCUGGUGACUCUAAAGGUAAUCAGCCAGAGCCUUCACCUCUUGAAAGAGCUAUUGAAGGACACAAGUUGGAGAAUUCUGAGUGCUCAGACUUGUCAAAUGAAGAGGCAGGUGUGCUGGAUAAACUGAUUUUGCUGGAUGAGAAAAAUCCAAUUCCUGAGGUACCUGGCAUUGAGGAAAUGGCAAAGUCGCCAACUAAUGAAAGCAAAAAAGAAGACUGUAUUCAAGAAAGUGAAGAAAGGACUGAAAAUAUGCCUGUUGAAGAAAAUGCCAUUAAAGAAGAAAAAGACUGCGAGUCAACUGUUGGGGUAGAAAACGACUCCAAAGAAGAACUGUUAACUUUAACAUCCGAACAAAUGUGCUCUCCAACCUCACUGACUGAAAAUCUGGAUGCUGCUGAUAAUGAAAAUGCUGCUGCCACCUGUGACAUUGGUGAUGAGGGUGGUGGUGAGGAUGAUGAUGGUGGUGGUGGUGGUGGUGAUGAUGACAAGAAGCUUGAUGCUGAUGAUGUUCAGAUUGUAGAAGUUGACAAAACUGUCACUGUUUGUGAUGUAAAAAAUGACUGCCAAAGUACCGAUGACACUGUGAUAAAAGAUGAAGCAGUGGAAGAGACAUGUUCCAGUGAACCUGUCUUAGCUGCUGAGGCUGAUAAUGACAAAGGUGAGGACUGUACUGCAGCAGAAGAAGAUGUUACUUUUGAGCAGUUUUUAAGAAAAACAGAUGAGCCGGAAUCUCUCAGUUCUGAUGUUAGUGACCAGGGCAGUGUUCAUUUGGAACCUUUGACACCAUCUGAGGUGUUAGAACAUGAGACGACUGAGAUCCUUCAGAAAGGUAGCUCAGUACCAUCUAAGCAACCUGAACUAACUUCUGAUCAACUGGAUGAUGCCAGUUUGGCUUGCAGUCCUAGUCAAGCAGAGGUAGCAAAAGACAAGACAGAAGACAGUGAGCAGGAAGGAACUGAAAAUUAACCAGCUUUGUAUUUUGUACAUCAUAUACACUUUUAAAUGUAGAACACACUGAGUAGAAAGCCUUGAACCAUUCUUGCUGGAUAUGCUCAUUGAUGUUGCUGGGAGGCCUUAGCACUAGUAAAUAAAAUGUUAAUCAUACAUAAACUUGUGCAGAGGACAGUUACUGCCAGAUUAAAAAUGUUUUAAACUGUGUAAAAGACUUUGCUUUAUAAUAUUUUUUUUAAAGAUGAAGAAUCUCCAGAUAUUUUAGUAAGAAAGACCAUGGUGGUUGUGUAAAGUAAAGCUAACAUCCAGAUGUUUUCUUUCAAAUCCCAGUGAAAGUUAACAUCACAUUUUUGCAGUUGGAGCACAGAGUAUCACCAGUCUGCUUUCUUUCCUGAGUGGGGGCCUUUACUGGAAAACAGUGGGGCAAAACACUUUCUUGAACAUUUUUCUUGUUUUGCCACAAUACUAUAGACCACAAGAAAACUCACAUAAUGUCCCUUGCUCUCCUGGAUUAAAGUUGUUAAAAGUGACAGUCUCUGUUUUUUCAGUUGGGAAGAGCAAACUGUUUUUUGGGGGUGGCAAGUAUUCUUAAAUGUCCAAAGGUGACAGGCAUCUUCGUGCACAGUUCCAAUUAGACUGUUCUCUAAACUUCUGUUUUAUGCUUAUGUGGAGCAUGCUUACAGCAGUACUGCUGUAGUCUGUCUAAGGGUUGGAUUUAAUGAAAUGUGCAUUGGAUUAGCUAUCACAUUCCUGUCUGUCCAAAGCAUGUGAACAGAAUACCUUAAGUUCUAUGGAAUUUAUGUAUGAAUCUAUGCACCUUUGUAUAGGUGUCAUCCUUCCAGGCUGCAAGCUUACCUUAAUUAAACUUUCAGUGAAAGUGUAAUCAUUGUACUAUCUAUGUGAUUGUCAGUGCGCAAGCUGUGCAGGAAGACCUGACUUAAUGGUUAUGUAAAGUAGGACAUAAUACUGAAGGCACUGUAGCCGUAAGACUGUAAAAAUUUUAAUACUGUCAGUACUACAGCCAUAAAAAAUGGGUUAUAAGUUAAACCAAAGUAAUGUUUGAUGUAGAAAAAAUAUUAAAUAUGGAAAAAAAAUGUAACUGAGGUUUUGCCAUUGGGAAAUUACUACAAAAAACAUCAUGGGUCAUGGAGCAGAAUUAAAAUCUUAAUUCUCUUAAGGCUUCUUAGUGAAGAACUAUUAUGUAUAUUAGAAAAUGGCUGCAGAACACAACCAUUUUUGUUUUAAGUUUUAUUUUGCUAUGUAUUUAGCAUUUUAGACUUAGGAAUGCAGAUUGUGAGUGAAUCACAUUAGCUUGCUUUAAAUACUGACAUACUUAAAAUAGUCAAAUUAAACCCUUCAGAAUGUG